ACAUGCGUUCAGUCAUUUAACAUUGCUGACAAUGUCUCUCUGUUAUACCAAGUCACAAAUCCAUUUCGCCUACUCCACACUGUUACCGCCGGCGACAGCAACAGUCCAGUCGGAUUCGUCGAGAAGAAAGCCGCAGAAUUAACCUAAUUUGGCCACCACAGUACCUCCGGUACUUCGCCUCGCACGUCCAAAAUCUCAGUAAACGAAACACACGUUUCCACCAUCAACGACGGCGCCACCACAAAUCGACUCCUCAACUACUGAUGUAAGAAACCCCAACAACUUAUUGAUGCAUCCUCACUUCUGCCUACCAAUCCCAACGCCACCAAAUUGAUGUGGAAGCAGCAAAAAGAAUGUUGAUUUGCUCAUUACUUGUAUCUGCUCGUUAUUUAUCAUUGCCAUAGGAUCUUCAUGCUCCUAUGGAGGAUGAUCAGAUGAAAAUAAGCUGUGGGAGCAAAAGACCAAGAUCUGCUGAAUUUGACUUACACUGGAGUGAAUGGCAACUCCUUGAUUCCAUUCUCCCCACAGGAGGGUUUGCUCAUUCAUUUGGUAUUGAGGCUGCCGUUCAAGCCCGCAUUAUUUCAUCUCCUGAUGAUCUUCGAACUCAUGUGAUACAUGUGUUGGAGAAUACUGGGAGCUUACUACUUCCUUUUGUGUACUCUGCAACUGUUAGUCCGACUUUAGAAACCUGGCAUAAACUUGACAGAAUGUUGGAUGCAACUUUAACUAAUGAAGUAAGUCGAAAGGCAUCAAUUGCACAAGGGUCGGCUCUUAUGAGAGUAGCUGCUGCUGUUUUUACAGAAAUCCCAUCUCUCAAAAGCAUGAGGGAAAUCUCUUUGUGCUCUGGCACUUUCACUUCCCACCAUGCUCCUGUUUUUGGGAUUAUUUGUGGGCUUCUUGGGUUGCAAAGUGAAAUUUCUCAGAAAGCUUACAUGUUUGUCACAACAAGGGAUGCUAUUUCCGCCGCUACAAGAUUGAAUCUAGUUGGACCACUUGGUGCAGCCGUACUGCAGCAUCAGAUUGGUUUUGUUGCCGAAGCUAUGUUGAAGAAAUGGAAAGACCGUCCUGUGGAGGAAGCUUGCCAAACGGCUCCUUUACUUGAUACAGUGCAGGGGUGUCACGGUUACUUAUUUUCCAGACUGUUUUCUUCCUGAAGUUUCACUAAGAGAUUCAGUAUUUUUCUUGUUCUAUUCAUGUAUCUAUGAGCUAUGUAAAUUUUGAUUGAUUCAGAAGAAACUUGUAUGUUUAUAGCUUGAUGACAUGUUUUAGCCUUCAACAAUGUUGAUGAUGGAUUUGAUAUUCUGGAUUUAGAGGCUCUUGAAGUUAGAAUUUGUAGUGCCUUUCAAAUUGGAUGAAAGCUCUUUGUU